AAAAAUAUUUGUUCGAUAAACGUCUCUCUAAAAAACAAACUCUCCUUUUCUUUCUUUCUCUCUCUAGAAAACACAUAAAACUUUGUGUGUGAGUUUCUCUCUCCUCUCGCGGAAACCAAUCGACGAUUAAUCCAAAAUCACCUCGUCGUCCUCCUGUCUAAUCGGAACGGCGGUGACUAUCUCACCGUGCGGCGAAUCGUAGCCACUACUGCCGCCGACACUCAAACCAAAAGCCUAAACCCGAAUCCUUAUAGAAAACGAAACCUGAAACACGAAACAACUUCGUUUUUUUUAUUUUUCAAAAAUUUUUAUCCGCCGGCGAUUGACUUCCGGCGAUUUAAAAGGUGCGCACGAUUAUUAACCUGCGCACUAUCUAUCUUCUGUUGAUAACCUUUGACCUAAAUUAACCAGACUUAAAUCACUCUUUCUUCUCUAUUUUUUGUCAGGUAUAAGAAGAAGCUACCUACUGCAUUGUGUCCAUAGCAGUCAUAUCUGAUAGAAAGAGGUGGGAAGUAUAUUUUGCAGAGGUUCCAUGUAAAAGAAUGGCUUUUUUUAGAAACUAUUCAAACCAAACAGUUUCACAGAGUGCAUCGGAAGAAAAAGGCCAGGGGCAGGGAAUUGAUAGAAUGGUGGGAAGUGAUGAUGUAGAUGUGACUUCAAGUGAACGAGAAUUUGACAUGAAUAUGGAUGCACAAUAUGAGAGUGAAGGGGAAGAUCCUGGUAGGAUGCAGAGUGAUGUAGCUGCUGACAAUGGAGUUGGUGUUAGUAAUUCACAUUUGCAGCCUUCUGCAAGGAGAAAUGCUGCAGGAAAAUGGGGUUCAACUUUUUGGAAAGAUUGCCAACCUAUGGGUGCUCAAGUAGCAUCUGAUUCUGGGCAUGAUUCAAAAUCAGAAUUUAAAAAUGCAGAAGGGUCAGAAGAUAAUAUAUCGGAUGGAGGGGAUGACAGAUUAGAAUCUGAAGAUGAAGAGGGACAAAAAGAAGUUGGUAAGGGACAAAGGGGCCAUUCAGAUGUCCCUGCAGAUGAAAUGUUGUCAGAUGAAUACUAUGAGCAGGAUGGGGAAGAUCAAAGUGAUUCAGUGCAUUACAGAGGAUUUAACAAUUCUGCUGGGUUGAAUUCUAGGGCGCACUUGAAACCUGCACCUGCUAACAACAGUUUCUCCAGGCGUUCCAGAGCUUUACACAACGAUGACAAUGACGAAGAAAAUGAUGAUGGUGAUGCUGAUUAUGAAGAAGAGGAUGAGGAAGAUGAAGAUGAUCCUGAUGAUGCUGACUUUGACCCUGAUUAUGGUGUUGCCAGUGGCCAGGGCGGGAUCAAGGAUAAAAACUGGGAUGGUGAAGAUUCAGAUUCAGAUGAUAUUAGCAAUGACGAGAUUGAUGUCUCAGAUGAAGAUGAUUCUUACUACACAAAGAAGCCCAAGGGUAGGCAAAGUGGGAAAGGUGGACGAAAUACAAAACCUGCUAAAGAACACAAAUCUUUACAUUCUUCAGGUCGACAAAAAAGAGGGAAAACAUCUUUUGAAGAGGAUGAGUAUUCAUCUGAGGACUUUGACAGUGAAAGUGAUGAGGAUUUUAAGAGCAUGACCAAACGAGGAUCACAUAUCCGCAAAUCUAAUGCUCGUUCCACAAUGUCAACAGCUAUUAGUGGAAGAAACAGCGAGAUCCGCACAUCUAGUAGGUCAGUUCGAAAGGUAUCAUAUGUUGAAAGUGAUGAAAGUGAAGAAGUUGAUGAAGGAAAAAAGAAAAAGUCUCAGAAGGAAGAAAUUGAAGAAGAAGAUGGUGAUUCCAUUGAAAGAGUGCUGUGGCAUCAGCCAAAAGGCAUGGCAGAGAAUGCUUUAAGGAAUAAUCAAUCAACAGAGCCCGUUCUGUUAAGUCACUUGUUUGAUUCUGAACCAGAUUGGAAUGAAAUGGAGUUCUUAAUCAAAUGGAAGGGCCAGUCACACUUACACUGCCAGUGGAAAUCUUUUGCAGAACUACAAAAUCUGAGUGGUUUUAAGAAAGUAUUGAACUAUACAAAAAAAGUGAAUGAAGAUGCGAGAUAUCGGAGAAUGCUUACUCGUGAAGAGAUUGAGGUCAAUGAUGUGAGUAAAGAAAUGGAUUUGGAUCUAAUCAAGCAAAACAGUCAGGUGGAGAGAAUUAUUGCUGAUAGAAUCAGUAAAGAUAGCUCUGCUAACAUUGUGCCAGAGUAUUUAGUCAAGUGGCAGGGGCUCUCUUAUGCUGAAGCAACCUGGGAAAAGGAUAUAGAUAUUGGAUUUGCACAAGAUGCAAUUGAUGAAUACAAGGCACGAGAAGCUGCAAUGGCUGUACAAGGGAAAAUGGUAGAUCUCCAGCGUAAGAAGGGCAAAGCAAGUUUAAGGAAGCUUGAUGAACAGCCUGAAUGGUUGAGAGGAGGAAAGCUUCGUGAUUAUCAGUUAGAGGGCCUGAAUUUUCUUGUUAAUAGUUGGAGAAAUGAUACAAAUGUAAUUUUAGCUGAUGAGAUGGGUCUUGGCAAAACUGUUCAGUCUGUCUCCAUGCUUGGUUUUCUACAGAAUGCACAACAAAUUCCUGGGCCAUUUCUUGUCGUUGUACCGUUAUCCACUUUGUCUAACUGGGCUAAAGAAUUUAGGAAGUGGCUUCCUGAUAUGAACAUUAUCGUGUAUGUUGGUACCCGUGCUAGCCGAGAGGUCUGUCAGCAAUAUGAAUUUUAUAAUGAUAAGAAAGUUGGGCGGCCUAUAAAAUUUAAUGCACUAUUGACUACAUAUGAAGUUGUUCUGAAGGACAAGGUAGUCCUGUCCAAAAUCAAGUGGAAUUAUCUGAUGGUUGAUGAAGCUCAUAGGUUAAAAAACAGUGAGGCACAACUGUACACAACUCUUUUGGAAUUUAGCACGAAGAAUAAGUUGUUAAUUACUGGAACUCCAUUACAGAACAGUGUAGAAGAGCUGUGGGCUCUGCUUCACUUCCUUGAUCCUGAUAAAUUCAGGAACAAGGAUGAUUUUGUUCAAAAUUACAAGAACCUUAGCUCAUUCAACGAGAUGGAGCUUGCCAAUCUGCAUAUGGAAUUGAGGCCUCACAUCCUCAGAAGGGUCAUUAAGGAUGUAGAAAAAUCCUUGCCUCCAAAGAUUGAGCGUAUUCUGAGGGUUGAAAUGUCCCCACUCCAGAAACAGUACUACAAAUGGAUUUUGGAACGCAACUUUCAGGACCUGAACAAAGGAGUUCGUGGUAACCAGGUUUCGCUUCUAAAUAUUGUAGUAGAGUUGAAGAAAUGCUGCAAUCAUCCUUUCCUAUUUGAAAGUGCUGAUCAUGGUUAUGGUGGGGACUCUGGCAUUAAUGAUAACAGCAAAUUGGAGAGAAUUAUCUUGAGCAGUGGAAAGUUGGUUAUACUUGACAAGUUACUGGUCAGGUUGCAUGAGACAAAACAUCGUGUUCUGAUUUUUUCCCAGAUGGUGAGAAUGUUGGAUAUACUAGCAGAAUAUAUGUCGAUUAGAGGUUUUCAAUUUCAAAGGCUUGAUGGUAGUACAAAGGCUGAGUUGCGACAGCAGGCUAUGGAUCAUUUCAAUGCACCUGGAAGUGAUGAUUUCUGCUUCCUUCUUUCAACUAGGGCUGGUGGGCUAGGCAUCAAUCUUGCUACAGCUGACACAGUUAUAAUAUUUGAUUCAGAUUGGAAUCCCCAAAAUGAUUUACAGGCAAUGAGCAGAGCUCAUAGGAUUGGGCAGCAAGAAGUCGUUAACAUAUAUAGAUUUGUCACUAGCAAGAGUGUUGAGGAAGAUAUCCUGGAACGAGCUAAGAAAAAGAUGGUUCUUGACCAUUUGGUGAUCCAAAAAUUAAAUGCAGAGGGUAGAUUGGAAAAGAAAGAAACCAAAAAAGGGAGUUAUUUUGACAAGAAUGAGCUAUCUGCAAUUUUAAGGUUUGGUGCGGAGGAGCUUUUUAAAGAGGACAGAAAUGAAGAAGAAAGCAAGAAGAGAUUAUUAAGUAUGGAUAUUGAUGAAAUUCUUGAAAGAGCAGAGAAGGUAGAAGAGAAGGAAGCUGUAGGAGAGGAAGGACAUGAAUUAUUGAGUGCUUUCAAGGUUGCGAACUUCUGUGGCGCUGAGGAUGAUGGGAGUUUCUGGAGUCGUUGGAUAAAACCCGAAGCAGUAGCCCAAGCUGAGGAAGCAUUGGCUCCUCGUGCUGCAAGAAACAAUAAGAGUUAUGUGGAGGCUAACCAAUAUGAGAGAAGUAAUAAAAGAAAAAAGAGAAGUUCCGAAGCUGUGGAAAUACAUGAGCGAGUGCAGAAACGUCGCAAAGCAGAUUAUUCUGCCCCUUCUGUCCCAAUGAUUGAAGGUGCAUCUGCCCAAGUUAGAGAAUGGUCUCAGGGGAAUUUGUCCAAAAGAGAUGCUUUACGUUUUUCUCGAGCGGUAAUGAAAUUUGGGAAUGCAAGCCAAAUAGAGUUAAUAGUUUCUGAAGUCGGUGGAUCAGUGGCAGCAGCUCCACUUGAUGCACAGAUUGAGCUUUUUGAUGCUCUGAUAGAUGGUUGCAAAGAAGCAGUUGAUACAGGAAAUGUGGACCCUAAGGGUCCUUUAUUGGACUUCUUUGGUGUCCCUGUGAAGGCCAAUGAUGUAGUCAACCGUGUUCAAGAACUUCAGCUGCUAGCAAAGCGAAUUAGUCGUUACGAAGACCCCAUCGCACAAUUUCGAGUUUUGAUGUAUCUCAAACCUUCAAACUGGUCUAAGGGCUGUGGCUGGAACCAAAUUGAUGAUGCAAGAUUGCUUUUGGGAAUACAUUAUCAUGGAUUUGGCAAUUGGGAAAAGAUAAGAUUAGAUGAAAGGCUUGGCCUCUCCAAAAAGAUUGCUCCAGCGGAACUACAACACCAUGAGACCUUCUUACCGCGUGCUCCUAAUUUGAGGGACCGUGCUAAUGCGCUCCUGGAAAUGGAAAUUACUGCUGUUGGUGGAAAGAAUGCAAAUGCUAAAGGGGGUCGUAAGGCAUCCAAGAAGCAAAAAGAUAAUGUUCUCAAUGUUCCAGUAUCUCGCAGCAGGGUCAAGAAAGGAAAACCUGGUCCUGCAAUUGUCGGUUUCCAAAACAGCAGGAAUCGACCUCAGAAACCUCAGAAAGCUGAACAGUUGGCGAAAGAGGAGGGUGAAAUGUCAGACAAUGAGGAACUGUGUGAACAAUUUAAAGAAGUGAAAUGGAUGGAAUGGUGUGAAGAAGUUAUGGUUGACCAAAUUAAAACCCUUAGACGUCUUCAAAGGCUGCAGACUACCAGCGCAGACCUACCGAAGGAAAAGGUGCUUUCUAAAAUUCGGAAUUACUUGCAGCUUCUUGGGCGGAGGAUAGACCAAAUUGUGGUAGAAUACGAGGAAGAGCUUUAUAGACAAGAUAGGAUGACUACGCGAUUGUGGAACUAUGUCUCUACUUUUUCAAAUUUAUCUGGGGAGAGACUUCAUCAGAUCUAUUCUAAACUUAAGCAGGAGCAGGACGAUGAGUCAGGGGUUGGGCCGUCCCACAUCAAUGGCUCUGCAUCUGGUCCAAUUGAUAGUGAUUCCAACUAUUUUCCUACUUCACGCCAUGUUGAGAGGCAAAGAGGUUAUAAAAAUAUGAAUUCAUAUCAAAUGCAAGAAUCAAUUCAAAAAGGUCAUGAUAAUGGGAAAUUUGAAGCGUGGAAACGACGUAGAAGAGCUGAAGCUGAUACACAUUCACAAAGUCAACCCCCUUUGCAAAGACCAAUAAGUAAUGGUGUCCGUGUAACUGAUCCUAACUCAUUGGGGAUUCUUGGGGCUGCACCAACUGAUAAUAGGCGAUUUAGUAGUGAGAGGCCUUUGCGGAUGCGGCAAACUGGUUUUCCUGCAAGACAGAAUUUCUCAUCAGGUAUAAAAUAGUUGUAGUGUUCUGUGGAAGGAGACCAGGUGAUUGAAAACUGAUUCCUCUGGCUUUUCCCUGGUUGCGUCACUGCGUAAGCCGUUGGAUAUAGAAACUUUUGGAAUUCUUUUUCAACAUCAGAAUAAAAACUUUUGGAUUCCGAUUUUGUUUUAAUGUGGCUGAUCGCAAAGCUUUCCAUCAGAAGGAGGAAUUUGCGUUUCUUUGGGAAGGCAGCUGAGGAGAAUGGCCAAACUCAAUUAACAUGAGCAAGAUGCAUCUUGCAACAAUUUUUUUGUCCCUUAGGAAAUGAGUCUGGUAAUUAGUUCUACGUAUAUAGUGAAGAAUUAGGAGAGAAAUAUUAGCAUCUAAUUCAAUUUGAAAUAUACAUACAUGAGCUGGACAAUUUACAUGUAUUAUGCGAUGUGAAAAGUGUACAUUAUCAGUUUUGCAUAGUUCCGAAUACUUGUUUUUCCUUUGCUAAGUGUCUGAGAGUAUUCAAUAAUUUAAUAUAAGCUCUUGCUCAUUUUGGGCA